UCAAUGCGAGACGGAAUGUGAUCUCGUCAAGUCGAAAGCGAUGCACUAUGGGAGUUUGUCGAUUGGGCAUGCGCCGUUCAGUUUACAGUUGGCUCUCGGCAGAAAAUGGCGUCAGCUAAGUUUCUCGAGGAAGCUCUUAGCACAGAUGUUGACGAAUCUGCUGUAAAUGCGAUAGUGGGUUCGCUAGAAACACAAUUAGUAACAAAUACGCCUUCGCUUCCCGGUGGAGGUCAUAUUGCGACGAGUGCGAGCAAUCAAAACAGCUCGAUUUCUAACGGGGGCUCCUCAGUGCCCGUACAAAAACAUAGUGUAGCCAAUGGUGAAACAAUCAAUGUUCUAUUUAAUGCCGACGUGAAUAAAUGUAUAUCGACAAACAGUUUGCAAAGUAGUGCAGUGAAUACAAAUGCAACUCAUACAGUGGUCACUGCCCAAGGAAUAGUACAGAAUACAUUUAUUAACCAAACAGGAACUAAUAUUACGCAAACAAAUGCACAAAAAGCCAAUGAAAACGUUAAGUUAGUUUAUCAACAAGGCAAUCAAGUAAUUAAUAAUCGUCUAUAUCCCGCGCAAACAGUACAGAAUGGGCUAGUUCCUCUAACACAACAAAAUGUGUUACAAACAACACAGAGUGUUGUCAAUAAAUCUCAACCAUCAAUCGUUAUCAAAAGCACAAACUCAAGUUCGGUAACCGCUGGUGUCGUUUCAGUGCCUUUGAAUACAAAUCCUGCUAUGAGCCAAAUGACAGUUUCAAAUGCAACAGUUCCUACAGUCAUGACUCUAGGUAAACAAGUGGCAACGGGACAACAGGCUUUAGUAGGCGGAUCACCCUUGAUGUCUGCAAAUGUACAAAUUCUAAAUAUGAGACCUGGAGUGCCUGUGAACCAAGGUCAAAAAUCUAUCGCCACCAUGGCUCCACGAGUAGUCAUUGGAGGACCACAAAUGGUCGGUUCUAGGCCAGGCACGCCUGGGCAAAUUACCUUGCAAACAUUACAAGGAUUGCAACCUGGUCAGCAAGGACAUUUGCUUUUGAAGACGGAGAAUGGUCAAUAUCAACUGUUACGUGUGGGACCUGCUCCCCAGGCAGCUACGGCAACUGUUACUACACCUCAAAUGUCACAGCAAUCGGCUGUAGCAACAGCUGGAGGAGCAAUUCGAAUUCAGCAAACGCCUACAGUAAGUCAGGUGGCCGCAAGAAAAACCAUUGUCAAACUUGGCACAAAUGUACAAAAUGUAAAUAUAUCCUCAUCAGUGGCUGGAAGUUCAAAUGCCACGAUUACCUCAGCUGCCUCAGGAUCUCAGAUUGUAACACAGCAAGUCGUAAAUGUAGUAGCUUCAAACCAGGACAGUAUGAAGACAAAUGCUCCUCUAGUGACUACUCAGCCAGGAGUUGUGCGGAAUUCUGUUGACAACACAAAGGAAAAAUGUCGAAAAUUUUUGGCAAAUCUAUUAGAGUUGUCUUCGAGGGAACCAAAGGCAGUAGAAAGAAAUGUACGUACUUUAAUUCAGGAAUUGAUAGACAGCAAAGUUGAGCCAGAAGAGUUUUGUGAACGUUUAGAAAGAUUGUUAAAUGCUAGUCCACAACCGUGCCUAAUUGGAUUUCUUAAGAAAAGUUUGCCAUUACUCAGGCAAUCUUUAUUGCUAAAAGAAUUAGUUAUAGAAGGUAUUAAACCUCCUCCUGCCAAUGUUGUUUAUUCUGGCGGAACUACCAUACCACUGCAAGUUCAGACGGCUCAAUCUCAAGUGAGAUUGGUGCAUCCUAGCAACAUAAGCGCUGCAGGAACAGUCAUGCAAACCACCGUUAGACCUACAACUAUACAACAACCACGCGUCAUAGGCCCUAGAACACAGAUACGAACAUCUACGCCCGUUAUUAGAACUCAACAAAUUCAGCAUACAACUAAUAGCACUGUAUCAGCGACAAAUCCACCUGCCCUGCAUCCAGUGAGCAUAGGUGGAUCACAAUUUGCUGCACAACAACAGCAGAUUCGGUUACAAAAUGCAACAAGAACUGGAGGAAAUAUCAUAAGAGGUUCUUCACCGGCACGCCACAUAACUCCAGCAACAGGAAAUAAGGCAUCCGGGGUUAAUAUUCUAAAUAAUGCUGCAAAUACCACGAAUAUCCGUGGUACCGUACAAAAUGUUCAAAAUAAGUCAGUAGGAUUACCAAAUUCUGGAAUUGGUUUUAAUAAACAAAAUACAUUUCCUGCUAAUAAGUCUGCUAUAAAUUCUUUAAAUAGUAGUGUUAGUCAAAUUAGGCCGAAGGAGAAGAAAAGCUUUAUCAGUGCGGCUGCAUAUGCAGGCGAUGAUGAUAUAAAUGAUGUUGCGGCCAUGGGUGGUGUAAAUUUAGCAGAAGAAACUCAGAGAAUUUUAGGAUCAACAGAAAUGAUAGGAACCCAAAUUAGAUCAUGUAAAGAUGAAAUAUUUUUGCAGUCGGCACCCUUGCAAGCUAAAAUUAGGCAAAUAUCAGCUAAACAUGGAUUGGAGGAUCCAAGUCCGGACGUCAUGGCUUUAAUAUCCCAUGCUACACAAGAAAGAUUAAAAAAUAUUAUAGAGAAAUUGGCUGUGAUAGCUGAGCAUCGAAUAGAUGUCAUAAAGCUUGACCCACGUUAUGAAACAACACAAGAUGUGAAGGGUCAGUUGAAGUUUCUUGAAGAACUUGAUCGGGCAGAGCGCAAAAGGCAUGAAGAACAGGAACGUGAAAUGCUAUUGCGUGCUGCUAAAUCUAGAAGUAAAUCGGAAGAUCCUGAACAAGCCAAGCUUAAGGCAAAAGCUAAAGAAAUGCAAAGAGCGGAAAUGGAGGAAUUACGGCAGAGGGAGGCUAAUCUAACGGCUUUGCAGGCAAUUGGACCUAGGAAAAAGGCUAAAUUAGAAGAAUCCAGUGCCAAUGUUCAGGUUGGAAGUUCAAGCAGCUCAAGUGGCCGACCAGCUGCUCCCUUGAGACCUCGGUUAAAACGAGUCAAUUUGAGAGAUAUGUUGUUUUUAUUGGAACAAGAAAAACAAACAAGUAGAAGCUCUAUCUUGUGUAAAUCUUAUUUAAAAUGAAAAUUAUUGUAAAUUAUUGGAGUACAGACUGAUGCUACAAAGCCAUUAUAAUAAUGCAGAACCAAUAUGCUUUGAAAAAGUAGAUCAAUAUUGAUCUUGUAUUCGGAAGAAACUUGUUUGAGAUAUAUACAAUUUUAAGACAUGGUUAUAUAUCUGGAACACAAAAGGUGCAUAUCUAUAUUUUUGCAUGAGUUUGAUGGAUAAACUAUAUUGCAUGUUGAGACGUGCUAAAGUCAAACAAAUACCAAAUUAGUGUCUUAUACUGUUUUUGCUUCGUGUUAUUCCUUCUUGCGUUUAACAGACUGUGCAAGUGAAAGUAAAUUCAGUGAAUGUUGUUUUUAUAUUUUGUACUGUUAUCGGUUAUGCUUGGAAGCUAUCUGCAUUUGAUCUAGUUGUUCAUAGGAAUCUCCUAGUUUCAUCUCUUACGAGUGUGGAGUGUUGAACAAUACAUUGUUAAAACACACAUGCCCCUGCUGGGUCGACAGGCCCAUCAUGUUUCUGGAAAUUACUAUCAUCGCUUUGGUAGAAAUAUUAUGAUGUAAUACCUUAUCCUAUUUCCUAAUAAUUUUCAUUGCUGAAUUAAAUCUAUAAAGGGUACAAAGGUACUGUUUUUAAAUAGUUUUAAUUGUUUUUUAUGUUGUAUAGGUAAUACAGAUUUUAUAUGUAAAUUGUAAUAGUAUAUAUUUAUAGCAGUGACAAA